CAUCACUUGUGACGAUUUAAUCUGCCUGCACAACACCCAACGUUCGGUCUCGAGAUUUCUCGAGAUUUCUCGCGAGUUAACACUGGUUGUGUCUGUUUUGCUGGACUUACAUGAAGGUAAAAGCAAUAACGGUGUUUCUUACAUCAACUUGACGGGUGGAUUAUGAAUGUCAUUGAUUAAAAACAUAUUCUACAUAUGCAGGUUUUGUGAAAUAUGAGAGUUUUUGAAAAAACAUUGAUUGAUUUGUCAGAAUGGUGGUUAUAAAAGCCUAUAAUCAUUGUUUAUUACCAUGCAUGGUGAUGAAAUUGACGCUUUUUUAAAUAUAUCUAGUCCUCCAAGUCCUUCAAAGGGAAAAGUUUUAACUGACAGAAUCAUGCCUCCCGACGCACAUACCAUGCAUUCUACUGUUGAUCACCAAAUUACCUCGCCAGAUACGUACAGUUUUACAGAGGAUUCUACCUACCAAAAUGAUAUGAUGUCAAAUGAUAUAAAGAGAAAGAAAGGUAUUGGAGUAGCAGGGAAGAGUAUAGAAGAAGAAUUAUGUCGUAUUUGUGGAGAUAGAGCAUCAGGUUAUCAUUAUAAUGCUCUGAGUUGUGAGGGAUGUAAAGGUUUUUUCCGUCGAAGCAUCACCAGAGGUGCAACAUAUAAUUGUCGUUAUGGUGGAAAUUGUGAAAUGGAUAUGUGGAUGCGAAGGAAAUGUCAGGCUUGUCGAUUACGACGAUGUAAAGAAUGUGGAAUGAAAGAGGAAUGUCUAUUGUCUGAUGAACAAUGUAAAGCUCGUGAUGCUCGCAGGAAAGCCAAAGCCAAAGUAAACCCUGCUAAAAUUGAUACAAGUCCUGAUAGUAACAGUAAGCCUGAAAUCACCAAACAACUACCCAGCCACACGAUAAAUAAUUACUAUAUUAACCCUAUGACUGUAAUUGAUAAUGAUCCCACAACAAAAAUGGAACCAGAGCAUCAAGAGUUGAUAAAAAAUAUUGUAGCCUUACAAGAUAAAUAUGAAUUUCCGGACGUAGACAAUGUGGAAAAAGUCACUAACGUUAAACCUGGUUGUAAAGAGACAACCGCAGAUGCCUUGUUUCAUGAUAUGGCUGAGAUGACAGUUUUAAUUACACAUCUCAUUGUAGAAUUUGCUAAAAAUUUACCUGGCUUCAACUCGUUACUUAAAGAGGAUCAGAUUAUUCUAUUAAAAGCAGCUUCUAGUGAAGUUAUGGCAAUCAGAGCUGCACGAUGUUAUGAUUUAGAAACACAGUGUAUUGUGUUCGCUAAUGGAGUACCUUGUACCCUAGAAAACAUGAAAGCCACAGGAAUGGGACACUAUGCCGAAUUAACCUACCAGUUUUGUCACAAUAUGGCUCUCAUGCAGACAGAUAAUGCUGAAUAUAGUCUACUGACAGCCAUUUCUAUAUUUUCAGAACGUCCCGGUAUCAUAGAAAAGGAUAAAUUAGAAGAGGUGCAGUUUCGCUAUGUCCGUGCUUUAGAAUCGUAUGAACAUUUCAAACGACAUAAAGGUGUGUGUUCAUUUGGAAAACUUCUGAGUCGCCUUCCAGAUUUACGUUCAAUAAGUGCUGAACAUUCAAAAACUAUUUUAGAACUGGAACAGGCACCUCUUGCCUCGGGUUCUAUAAAUGCCGGUGAAUACAAAGAGGUAAAAGACAUCUAUAUGGAUCCUCCUGAGGGAACAUAACUUAAUGACAAGGGAAUAAUUCUAAAUUGUGGAAUAAAGUGAUAUGAACAUGACAAAAGGUUGGAUAUGCUCAAGGAAUUUAUUAUGUUACGGAGUGAUCAAAUCACUUCCAAAGUGUAGUAAACAUAUAAAAAAAAAUAACUGGGCCUGGAGCCAAAAACUUUUAUUUUGCUCAACUCAAAUUUAAUGGUUGUUUUUAUUCCACAGGUAAAGUGCAUUUUAGACCUAGAAUGGUUUGAAAAUUUGAGUAAAUCUUAAGUUGAGUAAAAUAAAGUUUUAUAGCGUAGAAAUAUUAAGAAUAUAACAUUUUUGUUUUGAUUUUGGUGGACAGAAGCUGUUAUUGUUAUGUAAUUAUAAUUGGUCCAGGUAAUUUUUGUCAAAUUGUAUAUAAUUGUUAAUAUAUCAGUGAUUGAUUGUAUAUAAUGGAGUCAUUAAUGGACUCACACCAUCUUGAUAUCAUGGCCAAAAGGAAUAUAGACAAGUUCAUUUUCUUUAUACAGUGUAUGUUUUGAUUUCAUCUUAAUGGGCAUUUUUCAACUAAUUUUUAUGAAAUUGAUAAAAAAGAACAGGUAUAUAAAAAUUUCUGCUUCCAAAAUCUGGUUAAAAUAUUACAAAAGAUUUAAGUAGCCAUUGUGUGACGUUAAGUUUUAAAAAGGUUUAAAAAUUAGAAAAAAGGAACUUUCAUCCGACAGGAGAAGUGGAGCUCCGAUACCUAUUAAUAUUCACAAAAAAAAAAACAGUACUAGAACUAAAACACCUUUACCUUGAAAUAGAUGAAAAUGUUUCUAAAAGCACAUAUUAAUGUAAUAUGAAUGUGUGUAAUGAAAAGUGAUUUAUGUUCAAUUUUGGAAGAAAAAAAAAUAUUGUAAUUUUUAAUCAAUUAUGUUUGUUGAAGUAUGUGAACAGUUCAAAUUGAACUGCAGUCGUUUACACCGGCUUAGUGCAUUCUACAGGGUUUUUUUUAUCAUUAUUUUGUCAUUUGUGACUCCGCCUUUACUCAUUACUUCCACAUUGUGUUGUAGGAUAUGUUUUUAUUUGUUCAUUACAAAAUGGCACCCAAAACCAAUGUUAAUUGUGCCUUAAAUAUUGGAUAUUAGGAUCCUAUAUUUUCACAGCAAGAAUUUUCAGUUCUUUUUGUGUAGUCUAAUUAGUAAAGAUAAAAGUUUUACUUGUCCAAAACAAAGAAAGUAAAAAGUUUCCAGGAUAGGACACUCAUGUAAAACCAUGUCACAGAAUUCAAAACAGUUGACAAAAAGAAGUCAUCAUUUUUCUAUGAUAUUGCUACUGGUCUGGGUCAGUCAGGGUUACACAUUACAUGGACAAUACCAUAUUGAUGUACCGUAGAAGACGACACAAAUGGCAGUGGUAAAAAUUAUAGAAUAACAUCUUUUAGUUCAAAGGGCAUAAUUUUAUUUUUUCCUAAUUCAUAUAAAAUAAAAGUAAAUUUAAGAGGAUAUAAGCAGAUAUGAAAGUAAUUCUCAAAGAAGUAUAUUUUUAACAAAAUCUUAAUCAUUAUUAACUAAAAGUUGAUAAUGUAAAUAGAUAUGAACUUGUGAAUAUGAUAUUAAGUAUUCUGUACAGGAUGAUUGUGAAUAGCAAUAAUAUUUUCCUUCUUUAAUGAAGUUGCCUUUUGUGUAAUAUAAGGUUAAUUAAUUAUUAUAUGUGAGCUUUACAUAAAGUUAGCCAGUCUCAUCCCGGUUCCUAGAAAAAUAGACUACUAGUAGAUGACACUGUCAGAAAACCAUUGGUUACUCUUCUCAUUUGUGUAAUUUUGGUGUGAUUGCCCACCAAGUUGAUGAUAGAGCCAAUAGUUUUCUAAGAGUGUAUAUAACAUAUUAGUUAGACUGUUGUAAAUUUGUAGAUAUUGACUGCUAAAUAUAAUAAUAAUUAUUGCAUUUAUAUACAUGUAGAGCAAAAUUUCAAAGUAAAAUCUGUUCUAUGGGCAUAUUUUGUUUUAGGUUGAUUUUUUCACCAACAAACUAUGAUUUCUAGAAAAGUUACAGAUUUCAUAUGAUUAUUUUUUAACAGUGAUUAAAUUAUCUUGCAUCUUUGUUGAGCUCAAGUUGUAUGUUGGGAUGUGUGGUGUGAGUUUACGCUUUAAAUUGUUUUGACUGUGAUGCAGUGGUACAUGUGUGACUUGUUUCAGAUUUGUAAGCAAUUAUAUAUAUAUAUCGAGAAUGGUUCUUAUAAUUUGAAAUUCAGAAGAUUAUUAUAUUCCUAAAGCCAUGGUAACAAGCAUUAUCAUUAAAUGUUCAUAACCAUUGCUUCAGGAUUAAAAAACAAGCUUUAUUUGUGGUGGACGGAGAAGAUAACAAUUUCGAAAUUAGAUGUCAGUUUGAAUUGAAUUUUACAAAUUGAGAGGGAAAUAUGAUAAAUAAUAAAGUUUUUAGAAAGGGGUAAACUUUUAAAAAGCCAUAAUUAAGUAGUUUAUUCGUAGUGACAAAAACAAUUUAUUUUUUAGUAUGGCUCAGGCAGUAGUUUUAUAACAGAUAUCUGUAGACUGCUUUAUACAUUUACAAGCUUAUAGAAAUAGAUAUAAGGAUUAAUACGUAAUUAAACCCGUGUUGUGCUUCAAUCAACAGUUCACAUAUAAACUGCCUGUAAGAUAUGUGUCUAUGACAUUUAUGAUCACAAACAACCUUGUUUUAUAAAAAAUAAUGUCCUUUGCCAAUAAAACAGAGGUACGUCUUCUGAUAUAGAGUUCAUGCCUUGAGGCCAUUACACUCAAACCUAGAACAACGAUACAUUAACGUCUUCGAUUUCCAGGUUAUACAAAGUCAUCAAUGUACAUUUAAUGUUAAGGUUCAGUUAUUUGAAAAUCUUUGUCAAAGAAAUAAAAUCCUAGUAUUACUUAGAUACAUGUAGACUGUUGGCUCUUGCAACUGUCUGUCCUAAAGGUCAAGAUUAGCCUACGGUCAUUAUAUGAUGUUUGUCCUGUCAUCAUAUAAUUGUUAAUAUUAUUAUGUCAUGAACUCAAAGCAGCUACCGUAUUCACUCUGUUAAACAGUCAUCAUUACUUAAAAUAACCAGGUUUGCUCUGCUAAGCUAAUUAUUCUUACUACUAAAGCAUGCUUUUGUAGUUUCUGUGUAGAAAAUAAACACUUUUGUUUAUAAUUGAUUAUCAUUACUAGGAAAAUAAGUAGAUUUUAGUCCGAUUUUUAUUCUUUACUUGAGUAAAUAUUGUGUUAAAAGACAUCAGUAAAUAUAUGAUUAAAGUAAAUCAAACAUGAGUGUUCAAAGAGAAAGAAUCUAAAAGACACCUUGUAUAUUUUGAACCAUAAAAACUGGGACACUUUAGAAUAUCAAGGAAAAUGAUCAUUCGAUGAAGCUACAUUCUAGGGCAGACAUACAUAUUUUUUUCACCCGAUUGCGACAAUUUUUAAAAUCACCCGAACAAAUUGUCUGUUCACUGUGACAAGGAUUCUGCUCGGCGAACCAUUCACCCGACAGAUCGUCCUCAUCUAGCAUGUUAGAGAUAUUUUAUGCUGGCGAUCGAUUCGCUUGCAUAUCCGCUCGUCUGCCCGUGUACAGCUUAUAUUGUCAAGUGAACCAUUUUUGUAAGCCAAUCAGAGACAUCAUUGAUAUCACAUGAUCUCAAAAUGGCUAGCUCCACUGCCAAAGCGUGGAGACUGACGAAAGAAGAAGAAUUGGUGAUUCUUUCGUCAGAAAAGCCCUUGCAUGUGUGACGUCACGAUUCCAGAGUUUUAGAAGCAAAUACAUAACAGCUACCACAGAAAUCUUAAGUUUUCAACGAUUUGCCAUUUCGUACAAGUCACAUGAUCAACGUAACUUACUCGCAGAGUGGUGUACGCUCUUGAAACGACCGCUACAUGUGGCCGCUCAUGAUCAGCCAUGAAAAAAUUGCUGCAAUAGGUGAAAAUCUACGCUCGUCUGCCCAUAGCUCUAUAUAAUUAAACAUCAAUUCCUUAAUUAACAUCUAUAAGUAUUUUUAACUAUUCACACUCAAAAAAAAAUCACACAAGGUAUAUAACUAUUUAGUACUUCUUUUUUAUUAAAAUAAAGUUUGUAACACAUUCAAAUCACAUUUUGUUUGAUGAUGUUUUAUAACACUUGAAAAUGUAACCUGUAUGUGCUACUAAACAUUGUUUUUAAAUAAUAUCUUAAUUGUUUUUGAUUUGAACAUUUAAACAUGUAAAUCGUAAUUUAGAAUAAUUAUGUUUUGAAACAUUUUAAUCUAAAAAUUAUGGCUUCUAUAAUUACUGAUGUCUUCUAAUAUUUAGAUUUAAUUAAGGAAUAGGAUGUAAUAAGGUCACACAUUAUUCAUAUUAAUUAUAUAAUAUAAUACAUUUAAGCAAUAAAUAAAGACAUAUGUUGUAUCAAUGUCAUUUCUCAUAUAAAUAUUGACCCAGUCAUUUGAACUUUGACCUUUACACUGUGUUCAUGUACAUUAUAUAAUAUAUUAAAUCAUCAAAUGACACUGUUAUCAAUCGCUUAUCAGACUGUUCUUCAAGCUGUGUGUUCACUUUUCACAACUAGUACUACAUAUUAUUUGCUUGGUUUCUUUCUCUUAAUGAUACAUUAUUCAAGAGCUAAAUCUGCCUAUUGCCGGUCUUUCUUUAAGCCUUAAAUGUUAUAUAAAUUAUUAAUUAGACAUUUAUUAACAUGACAAGACCAUAAUCAACUCUCGAUGUCAAUGGAUUCUUGAUAUUUUAACUAGAUUAGAUGAUUUAAUUUUAAAAUGGGAAGGACGGCUAAGUCUUGAAUAUACCAGUACCGUGGUUACAAUAACAAUCAACCAAUGCACAUAACUUGUGAAAAUACAAACAGUGAUAACUUGGCUCCGAAUAAAAUAUUUUGAAAGAAAUUUUCAAUGUAUUCAUUUUGCAUUAUCGAUUUUUGAACUAUUAUAGCAAUAACAGCCAGCUCUUUAUCUAAAUCUUACAUAAUGUAUCUUUAAGUUUUACCGGAUUAUCUUUUGAAUAAUCUCAAAGCUUAAUACCCCUUAAUAGUAUGCAAAGUUUACCUCGUCUGAAACUUACCUCGUCUGAAACAUACACAACAGUUAACUCUAGUAUUUUAUAUAUUAUUUAACAUGUGAAGAUGUUCCAUGAAAUUUAUGUCUAGUCAUAUGAUUUAGAAAUAUAUAUUUCUUUGACAGAAAGCAUGUUCAAAUUUUCGGUAAAAUAUAUUUGUGGACAAGCUACAAAUUGUAACUUAGCAGCCAUGUAGCACACAUACUGGGCCAUGAGUGGUUGACAAAUGUUUAAUUUAUUGUGGGCCUAAUUGUGCUCCCAGGGAACAUAUCUUAAUGGUUAAACCAUAUGAGUACUUUUAAUUUCUUUAUGAAUUGAAUGUGAUCACUGACAAUAUUAUGAAUAUCAUACACCCAAUAAUUCAGGUUUUAUAAUUAAUACAUAGGUAUGUUUAUUGCUUUGUGUACUGAUAAUUUUUCCAAUUUAAUACGACAGGUAUUUCACUUAAGUCAAAUGUAAAGUUGUUUAAACUAAAGGGUUGUAUAUCAGGGUCUUUUUCUAUCACUGUCGGGCAAUAUUUUUUCAAGCAGUAGCAUUAACAAGACAGUAGUUCGAAGCCAAAGAAUUAAAGGGAUUAACUUUCAUUUUGUUUUUUGUUACAUAGAUGUUUUAUACAGUAAAUGUACAUGUAUGUGUAAUUUUUAAGGUUCACUACAAAUAUGGUAACCUGUAACGUACAUAUAUAUUUCAUCUGUGUGUAACAAGGAAGAUGUAAAGUUUAAUUUGUUAUUUCAUGCUGUACAUUGUUGUGUUAUUUAGAUUUAUUUCUUGACAAAUCUUAGAAGCAGUUUUGCAUUUUAAUUGUCUUCUAAAAUGCAAAAGAAUUCAACAAAUGCUAGUGAAUGUUCGAGAAAUCAAAAAGCUAUGUUGGCAGCUAUUUUAAGUGAUGUUUUUAAAAGAUUUGUAGGGGAUGAAAGUGCUUAAGUGGUUGUGAUUCAACACUAUUAAAACGAUAUGCAUACAAUUGGACUUUGACGUACAAUAGUGUGACAUUAACUGCUGAUCUGUCUUACUUUUAAAUUUUAAGUUAAAAUUGGCUAUCCUGCUCUCUCUGUAUAUGUUUUACGCCGAACUUCAGUACGGUUUCCAAUGGUAACAACCGCUAGAUUAGGUGAUUAGGUUUACUAUAUGUAUUUAGUCUUGAUUACCCUUGUUAUUGGUCUAUGAGAUUUGGUUCAGGAACAAGUCUUUCAGUAAAGAAUUCAUCUUUUUCCUGGAAACAGCUUUGUAGUGAUCAAAUUAAUUUAGAUAUUUGCACACUUAUGUUAAAUUGGGAUGGUCAUAAUCAUUAUACAUAUAACAUUAAUAUAAUUCCUGCAUAUGUAUAUUGUGGCAGACGUUAUAAAUGGCAAAAUUAUGAAAUGAAUGGAUGGCAUCUUAGAAUAUAUAGUGUAGGAUAUUCUUAUAUAUAUAUAUAUCUGUUAAAUACAUUUUAAAAGCUUGGAAAUGUGGUUGUAUUGUUGUCUUGACCAUCUGUUUGUCCGUCCACAUGUACAAGUAAGGGUUUUGUCUAUCACAAAUUUGUUUCUGGGAAUAUAUUCGGUUACCAUUUUUUGACACAUAAAAUACAAAAAACAAAAAUGCACUGAUGUUGCGUUUUUUGCCAUUUACAAAUUUGAAAGAAAAAAAACAACAUGUUUUUACUUAAAGUAGUUGGACUCAUUCUGAUGGAGGACAAUAUUGCUUCAAGAGAUGAACUGAAAAACAGAAUGUCAGAAUCAAAACAAAAGUAUAUUGAUCUAAAAAUCAUUUAAUUUUAUAAUAAUAUCUAUAUUCAAUUCUUGUAUACACUACAAAAAGCUACAUGCCUGAGUAUGCAAGAUGCGCUCGCUUUUAUGCUGUCUUAAAGACUUAACUGUGUGAAGAUGACGUUGGUCGUGAGUUUUAUCACCAGACACUACCAGGUACUUACUCCAUAGCAUUGUGUUGUAGACAAAUUUUCACAAAAUUUACGAAAGAAUAUGAUUCCUUGUAAUUUAGAACUGUUUUGCUUAAUAUAUUCCUGACUUAUUGACCCUGAUCCUGAAAUAUUGUGCACUCUAAAUAUUGUAGUAUGACACAAACGAUAAAGCAGUUGGCAGAGGCGGACAUGUAUUUAUUCAAAUGGCAAAAAAACGGAAUCUACAUUCCAAAUGACAAAUUUGUAGGGUUUGGUCAAAUUUAAUUGAUUUAGUUGUAUUGGCUUCUUUACUAAAGAAAUCAAUCAAUAGCGCUUAAAAAUUGUUUGGUCAAAUUUAAUUGAUUUAGUUGUAUUGGCUUCUUUACUAAAGAAAUCAAUCAAUAGCGCUUAAAAAUUGUAUUUAGUUUAUAUAUCUUAUCUGUUUCUAGGAAUUUAGCUAAAACUAAUAUUGUUAUUGUUGACAUGUAAAUUUAUAAAUUAUUUCUUUAUUUUGUACAUAUCGAAUUAACGUACCUAACCACUAUUUGAAUAGUUAAAAGUCUCAUCAAUCAUUUGUGAACCAUGUAUAUUUCUUUUAUCAAAAGGCAGUGUAUUGGGUUUAAUAGCGGCAUAAUUUUUGCCUUCUGUUUGAUUGGAUCAUGUGAUCACAUAGUAUCAGGAUAAUGGUAUGUUUUCUGACAACUACAAAUUUUUUUACUCAAAUUUGUAGUUUUUUCACCACAAGUCCUAAAUAAAUGACUAUCCUUUGCAUGUAGUCAAUAUAGAAUAGUAAGAUGUUUAUAAGACAGUUUACAUACCACCUUACUUACACCACUUUUCAUUGAUUUGGAAGACUCUUAUAGCUAAUAAUGAUUGUUGUACAUUUUGUAUUUAUAUAUAUAUAUGUUAUACGAUAGUGCUAACUCAUCCUUUCCAAAAUCCUUUAGGCAGGGAAGAUGCCUAAUUGUCCCUGUACUGAAAUGAGCUUUUUAGGAGUGAAAAAGAAAUAAAUAAUCUAAGUCUGCAAAGGGUAAUCAGGUCCCUGCAAGAAAACACAUGUAUCUGGGAAGUGUAUACAUAGGAAAGAAAUUCAUUUAUUAAACAUAUUUUGUUACUAUUGUUUUAGAAUUAAGACUGUUUUAUUUGGUUUGUAUUUUGGUUUUAUGUUACUUUUCGAUGAUUUUCAUGAUUAUCUUUACAUCAUGUUGAUAGAGUUGAAAAACUAAGAUUAUACCAGUUAGUCUUGAUGACUACUCCAAGAUACUACUUGUGUAGAAGAAAUAACAGUUCUGUCAAUACUAAGAGACCGCUGCAAAAUUUCAACACUUGCUUCCAAAUAAAUAACCCUUAGAAAUGGGUGGGUGGGUUAAUGACAUCCCAUAUAGAAAAUGAUCAACUAAAUGACGGUUAUUAUUUAAUCAUGAUUAGAAAUAUGCCAUUAUUUUCUUACUCCGUUGGUUAAGAUUGGGUAAGUGAGGGUUUUCAAGAUCUAUUCACAGGUUAUACAUUUUAGAUUUAUGUGUUGAAAUUUUGUGACAGUCCUUAAAUGAAUUGAAAUUCAGCUAAUGCAUAAAUGUGAAAUGAACUCACAUUGGUCAGUAUUAACUGUAUAAGUCUUCUGUGUAGUCUUAUCAUUUCAAUUACUUAUUAUUUCAACACAAUACACAUUAAUAAGGGGUGACCUAUCAAAAUAUGAUUUGAAACGAAUUAUCUAUAAUAGAGAUUUGGUUUUGAAAUAAUAAGGGGUGACCUAUUCAAAUAUGAUUUUAAACUUAUUGUCCAUAGCAGAGAUUUGGUUUUUGAACCUCAUAAUUUAAAAAAAUUCAACAUCUUAACAGGUUGUUCCUGACUAUAAUAUAUAUUUUUUUAUAUAGUUAAAUUUUAUAAUGCGAAAGAUUUUAUUCAGACGACUUGUGUUUCGAAAAAGGUCGACAUUUUUUUUGUUUUAACUACUUUUUAUUCUACACUCAAAUAGUUUUGCUAACAACAUUUUUCAUUUUUUAUCACUACUUAUCUAUUAGAAUACUUUAUGCUUUGUUGGUUAUAACUUUUAAUGUGUUAAGCUCCUUGAAAAGUGUUCAUUGAAAACUGUCUUGAGUGUGAUUGGCUUUCAUUUUAUAUAAAAAUUUAAUUGUAAUGAAGUAUAAAAUAAGAAUCUAUUAGCCUCAUUAGCUAAGAGAUAAGUAUUUAACUUGUACAUAUAUGAUCAAUAAAUAUUUUAAAAUGUC